AUGGCGGAACGGCUGAGCGAGCACACAAAGGCGGCAGUCUCGGUGGGGACCAAACUCUCGCCCGGUCUCCCCGAACUCCGACACAGGCCCGCGCCCCGCGCCCCGCCCGGCCCUCCGAGUGACCUUGGGCGCGUCCCUCCCCGCCCAGCCUCAGUUUCCCCGGCGACACUAAGACGAGGCGCCGCGGCCUGCACGGGCGGCCGACACCCGCGGCGGGGCCUCCCCACUUCCGUCCCCGCGCCGAGCUGGGCUUGCGCGGACAGCGGGGCGGGCGGGCAGGCGAGCCGGCCCGCGGGCCCGGUCGGAGGUCGGGGCCCGAGCGUGGUCGGCCGCGCCACGGCGAAACCAUCUAUUACCACUUUGAAAUGGGCCUCCUUCCGGCUCCGCCCACGCUCGCGAGCUCAAGCUCCUGCCUUCCCGCGAGAGAGCGGUCGGCGCCCCUCGGCCCGCAAGGCCUCCCGGGAGUCGUGGUCUGGGCUCCGGCUGCCCUGCUCGCGGCGCGGAGCCGGGCGCGCCUCUCCCAACCUGUUUCCUGGGGUCUCUACUAUCGGCCUGGAUCUGCAGUCCUCCGGGCGCCCGCUCCCCACGACGUGCCAGGCCCUGGGCCUGCGCCUGAUCCCUGCGAUCCCGGGCUCUGCCAGGCUGUUGGUGGAGACGCGAGGGAAGCACAGCCCGGCCCAUCUUCGGGAUCCUGGAGGAGGCACUCAGCCAGGACGUCUGCGAGGGCUCCCCGGAGGAAACGAGCUGGGAACUGAAAGGACUAGAAUGGAGGAGAGAGUUCCAGAAAGAGGGAGCCUGGAUGGGGAAAGGAACUGGUUCAGCAGAGCAUGUUCAAUCCAGGCCAGUGAGACUGGAGCACAAGGCUUGGAGGACAGAGAGGUUUCCCUCCUACGAGACCUGCCAGGGAGAGAUGGCCCUUCUUCCUCCAGACAUGUGAGGUUGGAACUGCUACCAGCUUGGAGACAGAGCUCCUGGAUCAGGCAUGUCCUGAAGUCUACCCUAUUUUGGAUUGCCAGUUAUAGAAGCUAAUAAUUCCCCUUUUGAAGCCCUCAGAGCUCCUGAGAGCCUCUCUUGGGACAGGUCAUCAUCAACGUAUUUCCUCGAUAUCAAAUGAAAUGGGUUUGAAUAACAACA